GUGAAUCCAAACAAUGACUUAAAAGAGACCACAAAUUGAGACAAUUGUGACACAAAUCCUGUGAUAUAUCGGCUCUUGUAUUGGGAGAGAGUGUCGUUGCGGACGAAGAGCUGCGGCGAAGACGCGGAAGUGGUUUGCGGUGAUCAGCGAUGGAGUACUCGCCGAUCAACACAUGUAUGGCAGACAUCGGGUCCAACAUCGCUGCCGACCGCCAGACGGGUGUCUCGUGUGUGGCCUUCGACACCACCGAAGAGCUGCUAUGGAUGGCCAAUAUGUCGGGACACAUGACCUCAUACUACUCGUACACUCUGGACAAGUAUACCUCCUUUCAUGUCGACCACAUCCACGACAUACGGGAUGUGUUAACGCCGACAACCGGUGUCCUCGCCCUCACCAAAGACUCUCUGCGGCUCUCAAAACGCCGCGGAAUCACUGUUUUUAACCAUAAGUCGGAGCUAUUGAUGCGAGACAUGCAGUGUAUGACUCUCUUGCCGUCGGGUCUGUUGCUGAUGGCCGGCCAUCAGGAGAAGCUCAUCGAACUGGACAUCGAGCGCGUCAAACACGUCCGCGUCACUGAUAUACCAGACAACGGGUGUGUUGUCAUGAAACAACACCCGAGGUUUGUCUGUUUAGCUGAUCCCAACGGAAAGAUCACACUUCGAGACACAGCGUCGCUGCAAAUGCAGCGGGAAUUCCAGUCACACUCGAUGUUGUCCUCGUUUGACGUCUGCGGCAAUUAUCUAAUAACGUGCGGCUUCUCUGAACGUCACGGCAAUUACAUCGCCGACCAGUUCUUAAUGCUAUACGACUUGCGACAGAUGAAAGCCGUGGCUCCCAUACCAGUGCCCAACUUCUCUCCCUAUUUGAUAAAGUUUUUGCCCAAAUUCGCGGCCAAAUGUUGUGUAGUGUCGCAAACGGGUCAGUUCCAGAUCUUCGAUGUGACCGACUAUACGCAACGGUACAUCCAGAACGUCCAGUUGCCGCCAUCCGGCGCUUCCAUCACUAGUUUCGACGUCUCGUCCACCGGUCAGGCGCUGGCCUUUGGCGACGAUCACAAUUACAUCUAUCUGUACGGCGCGUGCAGUGAAGUGGACUUCAAUAUGGGCAGCAAACCCACCGAAUUCGCCGACCCUAUAGAGCCGGUGCGUCCGGUGCCCAUCACUGACAUAUAUACUCCCAUUUCAGAGAUCUCUCCCUUUCCCUAUUGGGCCAUAUCUGACAAAUUGCUGUCCGAUAUGUCGCCCGAUAUUUGUCGCAAGACAUACCGCCCGACGCCUGCCAUUGAUCCGGAAAUUCUGCGAACACUAAGAAUGGUUGGAUCUAUUGGUUACGCACCCAAUCACGGAAAGAGACUUCACGUCCGCUCAACGGUGGCCACAGAGUCCGCACAUAAUUCCAAACGAAACAGUCCAGAGGCCAAUGAGAUGCCGCACCGGUACUACUUCUUAGAGCCCAACUACGACAAGAUGGACAAAGACGAGUACGACUUUCUCCGAUACAAUCACUCGCCAUUCGCCGGACUCGACUCAACACUUCCCAACUCGUACUCCAAUAAUAUGAUCCAAUCGUUGUAUUUCAUACGUCCUCUUCGGACCGGUAUUAUCGGUCACGUGUGUAAAAAGGAGUACUGUUUGAUAUGUGAGUUGGGAUUCCUGUUCCAUAUGCUGGACAUCGCCCCCAAACAGAGCCCGUGUAUGGCCAACAACUUUCUGCGGGCCUUCCGGACAAUGCCUGAGGCGUCGGCCCUUAAUCUCAUAUUUCCCGACGACGAGGCCAUCAGGAAAACCAUUAAUUACGCCAAACUGUCUCAACAGUGGCUUCGGUUUAUUCUGAGCCAAUUGGACUCCGAAGCGGCCAAAGGUCUGUGCGAUGUGUUUGAAACCAACGACGAGUCCAACAAUAAAUCGGAUUCCAAUACAAACGAAACCACCUCUUCAUUCAUCACUGAUCUGUUCUCACUAUCGCUUCUACGGUGCUAUCAAUGCAAAUGCGACCACAAGUGGGAACAGCCGCACACCUCAUUCCCCAUUACACUCAACUACCCGAACGACACCGUCAAGUGUACCUCUUUUGUAGACCUGUUGAGACACAGCGUUCUCACCGAACAGACAAUACAAACCUAUUGCGAAAAGUGCUCUAAAUAUCAACACGUGGUGGAGAGACGCGAAGCCAAAGCCAUUCCGCACAUACUGGCCAUCAACACCGGUCUGGACAGCGAACAGGCCGUCCGUUUCUGGCGAAAUCAAGUGGAAAAUAUGGCGACAAAUGGCGACAAUAGGUUAGCGACGCCUUGCCUUCAGGAGAUGUCAACGCCGAAGAAGGCCUGUCGUUAUGGCGACAAUUGUAACAGAAGUGACUGCAAGUUCUCGCACGAGAAGAAUCGUGAAUCCGCUAAAGAUAUUGUGUCGUGGAUUCCAUUGUCUUUCGGAGUGACUGUCGACCAAACCAAUGAUAAAAUAGACUUCACAGUCAAGACGGGCGAAGCCGACGGAUGCGUUAACUAUGAGCUCAUGUCUGUCACUUCGGUGGUCAAGAAGAACGACUCACACAUCGGAAACAUUAUUAGCGCCGUUAGAGUGGAUAACGAAUACUUCGAACAGAAGUCGGCGGCCGAUGAAUACCUCAACGAUUGGUUUCUAUUCAAUCACUACUCAAUUAAUCCCAUAUCUGUGGAAGAAGUCGUCUCCAAUGAUCUCCAAUGGAAAGUGCCCUCAGUUUUGAUAUACGUUCGCAAAGAUUUGAAUGAUUUGCAUCAGGAUCUGCUCUCCAUGAAGAUCGCCGUCAAUAGCGAUGUGUUUGGCGAAGAUAUAGGUCUGGCGACCAAAGCCCGGCGCGGAUCCAUUUCGUUCACACCUUUGACCGGCGAUGAAAUGCCCAAAAAGGACGAUAUCGUCGCAAUGGACGCCGAGUUUGUGACACUCAAUCAGGAGGAGACAGAACUUCGGGCCGACGGCACGCGAACCACAAUCAGACCGUCGCAGAAGUCAGUCGCCCGCAUAUCGUGCGUCCGCGGGUCGGGUGCGCUCGAAGGACAGCCAUUCAUCGACGACUACAUCGCCACUCAAGACCAAGUGGCCGACUAUAUGACCAAAUUCUCGGGCAUACAGCCGGGCGACCUCGAAGUGGGCGUGUCGUCCAAACACCUGACAACACUCAAGUCAACGUAUCUAAAGCUGCGUUUUCUGGUGGACACGGGUGUCAUAUUCGUGGGUCACGGCCUCCGCAACGACUUCCGUGUCAUUAAUCUGGUUGUGCCUCAGGAACAGGUGAUCGACACUGUGUUGCUGUUCCAGUCGCCCAACUAUAAGCGAAUGGUGUCCCUCCGGUUCCUCGCCUGGCAUUUCCUCGACAUUCAGAUCCAAUCGGAAACACACGACUCCGUAGAGGACGCCAAGACUGCGCUCCUCCUCUACAACAAGUAUCAGGAGCUCAAAGCGCUUAAGUGUGUGGAGGAGGCCAUCGACAACCUGUAUGACGUCGGCCGCAACUCCGGGUGGAGAGUCCCCGGCAGUGAUGACGAGACGUAGCGGUGGCCACACUGUGUCCGCACAAUCGGCGCCCGGCUUUGCGACUGAAACGCAAAAAUAAUUAUUUUGACAAAUUUUAUAAC